GCGAUUCCAGGGAAUCAGUGACAAAAAAUUGCCUACAACUUGGAAGAAUCGCGGCUCAUCGGAGGUGACAAUUAAGAAGAAGAGAAAUCAAAUAACGUUUGGAGGGAACUUUUCGCGCUGCAGUCCAACGGCGUAAGUAUUUCAAAAUAAUAAAACAAACAAACCCAGAUUUCUCUGUAGACUGCAGCUCCACUGACUAGAAGAAGACGAUCCAACUUGCAGACAGGGAAGAAGAUGCAUCUUCAUUAGUAGGUUAAAGAUGGAGAUUCAAUUUGGUAUUUUCGAUUAGUGUUUAUGCCAUUGAAAAUGGAAGCUCCAGAAAGUUUAAUCAGUAAGGUUCACGAUGUUUUUUCAAGUGGUAUGGAUUUUGCUGCGCCUAUCUCCACAUUGAGAACAAAUGAAGUUGAUUUGGUGCAAGGUUUGUUGCAUAUAUUGCAAGGUUUAUCCAGUUCAGUAUUUGAUUGGAAUAACAGUAAACAUAGUUUUCUUCCUAAAGAUGGGAUUUACGUUUCUCAUCUCUCUCGAGGAAGUCUUCAUGCCAUUCUCAACCAAAUAAUGCACGCCGCCACAUGUUUAAAACUGGUGGAAAUCAUUAUUCAUAAAGUGGAAAAUUCUGCUAAAGCACCUUCACCUACUGUGAGGGCAUUCACAUGCUGUGUUUCAGCAUGGCUCAAAAGAUUACGGGGUAAUGCUUUGAAGGAAGAGGUGAAUAUGAUGAGCUCUGAUAGAGGAACAAUUCCAACUCUCUUGGGAUUGACUAAUUCUUUAUCAAGCCUCUGCUCUGGAGCACAAUUCUUACUGAAAAUAGUUCAAGGAGCAAUUCCUGAAAUAUAUUUUCAGCCAGAUUCUUCUAUUCCAGCUGCAGAUAUGGCGGCCUAUAUUCUAGAUCAUCUUUAUAGAAAGCUCAAUGAAGUUUGCGCUGUCCAAGGUGGUGAGGAGGAUGCAUAUAGGAUGCUGCUCUAUAUAUUUGUAGGCAGUGUUUUGCCCUACAUUGAGGGUCUUGAAUCCUGGCUUUUUGAAGGUAUCCUUGACGAUCCUUUUGAGGAGGUGUUCUUUUAUGCUAACAAAGGAAUUUCACUGGAUGAGGCUGAGUUCUGGGAGAAGAGUUAUAUGUUGAGACAAAUCAAGUAUCAAAAGUUUGACAAUGUUUCAAUUCAUGCACCAGUAAAAGAAUCCAUUUCUACAUCCAACUUGGCCAAAGGAAAAACACACGAUAACAGAGAUGCUCAAGUAUGUCCUCUUUUUUUGAAGGAUAUAGCCAUAUCCAUAGUUUCUGCAGGAAAAUCAUUGCAGCUGAUCCAACAUGCUCCUAGAAUGUUUUCAUCCUUAUCAGAGAAAGAGGGCAAUCACGAUAACUUUGAUUAUGCUAGUUCCAGAGAAAACAGCUUGAUCAAGAACAACUCUAUAAGGAGCAUAAACGGGUUGACAUUGUCAGAGGUGUUCUGUGUGUCCUUAGCCGCUCUUGUCGAAAAUGGUGAUCUUAUCUCUAAGCAUUUCUGGCAUGACGAAUCAUUUACUUCCACGUUUUUCCCUUUGUUUCAACACUUUGUAGACCAGAAAAAUUUGGUUGGGCAGAAUGGAAAUGACCUUCCAGUAAUAACUUGCUCAGAGAAGGUCUGGUAUAAGUUCUUGGUUGAAAUGUUGAGUGAGAAGAGAAAAGGUGCUUCUGAAUUUGCAAUGAAGGAUAAUAUUAACUUUCUUGAAGGGAACUGCAAGGCUGAAUAUGGAGAUGAUUUGGACAAGAUUCUGCUUUUGAGAUCACAGUGCUCACAAAAUCCUGCGAUUACUGUAUGUCAGAACUCCCUGCUUAAGAACAAAGAUAUCUGGAGCUCGUUGAAUUUGUAUAGAAAUUUCUCUCUUCCGCCUCUUAAUGAUGAGAAAUUAAGGGAAUCUAUUCUUGGUGGGAAUCACAAUCCUUUGCAAGUAUCUAAAGGAACAAACUAUGCUUUUGGUUUCCAGUUUGGCGAAUCUGAAUUCCUUCGUUCACAGGCUGACACGAAGAUGUUAGAACUAUUGUUUCCUUUCCCAACAUUGCUACCUUGCUUUCAGGAGGAUUUGAGCAUGUCGGAAGUCCUACCUUUUCAAAAGAAUAGCACUCUUCCAUCUAAAAUUCUUGGCUGGAUUCAGAAGGUUGAACCAAAGACAACUCCUCUGCCUGUUGUUAUUAUACAGGAAUGCCUUAUUGUCAACAUCAAGAAGCAGGUUGACUAUAUUGGCAAGAAUAUUUUGUCAAAGUUACUUUAUGAUUGGAGGCUGAUGGAUGAACUUGUUGUGUUGCGUGCUAUAUAUAUGCUAGGCUCAGGUGAUCUACUCCAUCAUUUCCUGACUGUGAUAUUCGAUAAAGUUGACAAGGGUGAGACUUGGGACGAUGAUUUUGAGUUGAAUAUGAUAUUACAGGAAUCAAUUGCAAAUUCAGCUGAUAGUGGGCUAUUAAAUACAUCAGAUUCAUUGGUGGUAUCUAUUACCAAUGAGAACCCCGGUCUCAGUGCUGAUGAGCGUCACGACGAUAAUAUUUCGAGUACAUCUCACAAAAGUCGUGCCCAGGGCUUUGGAAUUCAUGGCCUUGAUUCACUAAAAUUCACUUAUAAGGUCUCUUGGCCACUCGAACUUAUAGCUAAUACGGAAGCAAUCAAAAAGUAUAACCAGGUGAUGAAUUUCUUGUUGAAAGUCAGACGAGCUAAGUAUGUGCUCGAUAAAACUCGGAGGUGGAUGUGGAAGGGUAGAGGAAGAGGCGCUUUGACAAUCAAUUCUAAGCGACACUGGUUAGUAGAGCAGAAACUGCUACACUUUGUCGAUGCCUUUCACCAGUAUGUCAUGGACAGAGUAUAUCAUAGUGCAUGGCUUGAACUAUGUGAAGGCAUGGAAGCUGCUAGAUCUCUAGACCAAGUGUUGGGAGUACACGAAGCUUAUCUGUUGUCAAUACAACGCCAAUGCUUUGUCGUUCCAGAUAAGUUGUGGGCACUGAUUGCGAACCGGAUCAACACCAUUCUUGGAUUGGCACUGGAUUUCUAUUCGAUUCAGCAGACACUAAUCAGUGGGGGAGCAGUUUCAACUAUUAGGGCCAGAUGUGAAAUGGAAGUUGAUCGGAUUGAGAAGCAGUUCGAUGAUUGCAUUGCCUUUCUUCUCAGAGUUCUUUCUUUCAAGCUGAAUGUUGGACAUUUUCCUCACCUUGCGGAUUUGGUUACGAGAAUCAAUUACAACUAUUUCUAUAUGUCUGAUAAUGGAAACUUGAUCAACGCUCACGGAUCUGAAACCGUCGCAUCUAGGCUUGGGAAGACAUUUUCUUCUAGACCAGACUAACAUGAAUGAUUUCAACAUACUGGAAUCUGGAUAAUGAUGGUUGUUUUCGUGUUGUAUUUGAUAAAAUCGAAAUGUUAGUUUGUUAAGAAACAUUGGAAGUUCAUUCCUCAUAUAAUCGAUUUUGCAAGAAAAAAUGCAAAA